AUGCUCAUACGAGACACACAACGGCUAGCUUUGGCAAUCGUGCUGACUGUCGUAUUGCUCUACACUUCUUGGGUGUAUUUCGCUCGUGGAAGAGAGCUUCAAGACUUGGUACCCCACGGUGCGGACGACUCAGUCAAUGACGAUAAACCGCCAUAUACGCCGCCGAAUAUACCAAUUCCUCUUCCUCACCCAGAUGCCGACCCAAUCGACGACUCUACUAGCCAGGAAAUCGCCUUACAAGAGCCUCAAAUAAACGGCAACGACAUUGCGCAUCGGACUGAGGGCAUAAAUCAGGGCGAAAAUACUAUGCCGCCUUUGCAGGAAGUAGUCAACUAG